CCGGCCUGUCCUCGGCAGGUUCUUCCUCUGCUUGUGUGAAAUAUCCGCAGUCCAAAAAUGGCAGCAAAUAAGCCGAAAAGUCAAAAUUCUUUGGCUCUGCACAAAGUCAUCAUGGUAGGAAGUGGGGGUGUAGGAAAAUCUGCAUUAACGCUGCAGUUCAUGUAUGAUGAGUUUGUGGAAGAUUACGAACCCACCAAAGCAGACAGCUACAGGAAAAAAGUAGUCCUUGAUGGAGAAGAAGUCCAGAUAGAUAUACUGGAUACAGCAGGACAAGAAGAUUAUGCUGCAAUUAGAGACAACUACUUCCGAAGUGGAGAGGGUUUUCUCUGUGUGUUCUCCAUUACAGAGCUUGAAUCUUUUGCAGCUACAGCAGACUUCAGAGAGCAGAUUUUAAGAGUAAAAGAAGAUGAGAAUGUUCCGUUUUUGCUAGUUGGUAACAAAUCAGAUUUGGAAGAUAAAAGGCAGGUUUCUGUAGAAGAAGCAAAGAACAGAGCUGAUCACUGGAAUGUUAACUAUGUGGAAACAUCUGCUAAAACACGGGCUAAUGUUGACAAGGUAUUUUUUGACUUAAUGCGAGAAAUUAGAGCAAGAAAGAUGGAAGACAGCAAAGAGAAGAAUGGGAAAAAGAAAAGAAAAAGCCUAGCCAAGAGGAUCAGAGAAAGAUGUUGCAUUUUAUAAUCAAAGCUCCAAAUACUUUUUCCUAUUUUGACCAUCCUAAUAAAAUCCAUAACUUAUAAGCAUGCCA